AUGUCGACAGCAAUCUACGUCUCUUACCCUCGCCAAGAAGGUAUCAACUUCGAUCUAGACUACUACAUCAACACUCACAUGAAGUUGGUCGAGAAGCACUGGGGUCCACAUGGCAUGAAGAGCUGGACGAUUGUGCAGUUUGAUAAGGAUGACCCGUCAGGCCAAAACGUGCAAUGCAUCAUGCUCUGGACCAGUAUGGAGGAUUUCGAGAAAUGCUUCGCCCUCGGUAUACCUGAGGUACAUGAGGACUUGAAGCAUUACACGAACGGUAUGCCAGUGCGGUGGACUGGAAAGGUCGUGGCAACGGGUCAGGGACCAUAUUGA